CUUUAAAUUUUCAUAAUUCCAUUAAGUUUCUAUAUAAAGCUCCUUCUAAAUCUAAACCAAUGCAAACAAAACUAACAAAGAUAAAAAAAAAUGGCUUGUCACGAAAUCUUCCUUGUAAUCUGUCUAAUGCUCGCAGUCUCUAUGGUCAAUGCAGUUGACUUCUUUGUUGUCGACAAUACUGGCGACUCUCCUGGAGGAAGGAAAUUUCGAGAUGAGAUCGGCGGCGUCAGUUAUGGCAAACAAUCAGUGAGAUCUGCAACAGACUUCACGUGGCGUUUGUUCCAACAAACUAACCCUUUAGACAGAAAGACCAUUACAAACAUCACACUCUUCAUAGAGAAUAGUAACAGCGUGGCCUACAACACGAACUUGGGAAAGGAGAUACAUUUUCAACGCUAGAUCUCUCGCGGGUAACUCGGGAGAUGUAAGGGUUGGAUUUACCGGGGUGAUUUAUCACGAGGUGGCCCAUUCUUGGCAGUGGUUCGGUGCGGCUGAUCGGGUUCCAGGAGGGCUUAUCGAAGGGAUAGCGGAUUACGUGAGGUUAAAAGCCGGUUAUGUUGUGAUGCAAACCUCGGAAUCCACCUAGGGUUUACGCUUCUCGGUUUCUCGACCUAAAGCUUGAAUGAUUCGAUGAAUGAUAGUAGAGAUGAAAGAUGGAGGUUUUGUUGAAUGAAUCCAUACUCAACGUGCUUGAUUGAAUCCACAAUCAAACCACGAACAAAUAAACUUGAAUCCACAAGCUAAUUGAUCCG